UGGCUAAACAAAAGUCGGCCGGAGGCGAACAACCAAGCAGCAAAACCAAAUUAGGGAAUUUCUAGUCCUCACUAGUUUUAGAGAUAAACCGAACCAAAUCAAUUAGCAAAACUUAACCAAACCGUCUCUGAAUUUCUCUCGCUCUCGCUCUCUCCAAAAUCAGCGCGCACACAAAACCCUAUUUAACCCCUAUACCCCAGGACCUUGAAAAGCCCUAACAAUGGCUUCAAUUUUACUUCGAUCUCGCGUUUCAUCCAUUGUAUCGAGAAGUAAGAAACCUAAUCGACGAACUUUUAGUUCAAACGUCGACAAAGAAUCGAUCAUCUCUUCUCAAUCCAUCAUCACUGAUCAAGCCGCCGAGGCGACAGCUGCUGCGGCGGAGUCGUCGGCUGAGGCUGCUGCUGCUGCUGCGAGUUCGGAUAGGAAAGGCUGGAGCCUUUUUAAGUAUGGGCUUAUAGCCACUCUUACUGGAGCUACUGGUUUUGCUGGCUACGCAACAUACGCAUAUACAUUGGACGAAAUAGAGGAUAAGACAAAAGCAUUGCGUCAAUCAGUUAACUACAAGGCAGGUGAAGAUGAAUCCUCCAUUGAGAAAUAUCAGGGUUUGCUCUAUUCUGCUGCAAUGACAGUUCCUGCUAAAGCAGUUGAACUUUACUUGGAUACAAGAAGGGCAAUUGAAGAACAAGUUAAAGGGUUUACUGAACCAACCUCAGAUAAACUAUUACCUGAUUUGCAUCCGUCUGAGCAACAUGUUUUUACUCUGGUUUUGGAUCUUAAUGAGACCAUCAUUUAUAGUGAUUGGAAGCGUGAUAGAGGUUGGCGUACCUUCAAAAGACCUGGGGUUGAUGAUUUCUUGCAACACCUCUCAAGGUUAUAUGAAAUCGUUGUGUAUUCUGAUCAGCUGAACAUGUAUGUAGAUCCUGUUGUUGAAAGGUUGGACACCAACCACUGCAUUCGAUAUAGGCUGUCAAGGGGUGCUACAAAGUAUCAGGAUGGAAAGCAUUAUAGAGAUCUAUCUAAACUUAAUAGAGAUCCAGGUAAAAUUAUAUAUGUGAGUGCUCAUGCUUUUGAAAAUAGCCUUCAGCCAGAAAAUUGUGUCCCUAUCAAGCCAUUUGAGAUUGAUGAGAAAGGAGAAGGAUCUGUGGAUACAACACUUUUGGAUCUCAUUCCAUUUCUUGAAUAUGUUGCUCGUGCAAGUCCAUCAGAUAUCAGAAAAGUGUUAGCAUCUUAUGAAAGGAAGGAUAUUGCACAAGAAUUUAAGGAACGUUCCAAGCAAACGCAGAGGAGAAUGCAAGAACAGAGGCAGCAAGGUUUUUUCCGAAGAAUGUGAGCAUCAGGCUAUAACAUAGUAAUAUACUCAACGAGUCUUCAGGAGAUGAAUGUGAAGAUAUUGGUAUUGAAGUAAUGAAGCCCAUUUGUUCUUGCCCGAGAAGAAAUUUCUGGUUAAAGAAAGAUUAUAAAUUGAUGAAACCCUUUUCUCUUCAUCAUUAAAUGCCUGACAUGAGAUUUGUAAUUUUUGCUUCGGCUGUUAGCAUCAUAAUUGUUGGUCAAUCAUCUUGAACAUCGAGUAUUCUGUUUAAUCUUGUUUGUUCUAUAGCAAACGUUGAGUUAAUAUACGUGGCCAAUUUUCUAGUGUUGGUACAAUUUUUGUUUCACUUGACCAAUUAAUCGGAGCUAUCAUGAUUUAGAUGUGUGAA